GACGUCUCAAACUAUCUCCUUCUCUACCACUUCCCCUUCACCUUUACCAACACAUACACACCACGAGACUACUUCAACUCAUCUUUCUCCAAUGGCUGCCAUUACCGCAUUCUCUGCUCUCUCCAGCCCCAUCUCUCCUCUUACGGCGUCUCCUUUACUCAGUUCCCCUCCAUCUCUCUCCAGAUUCCCAAACGCGUCUCUGUUUCCCUCACUCUAUACCUCUCGCUGGAGAAAGAUCCCGAUGAUCCAGGCGUGUUCUUCUAUUAGAGACGGAGAUGAAACGGUCGAAGAAACAAGAAGUUGUGAUGAUGAGGAGGAGAGUAGAGAGGAGACUCUGAUGUUAUCAGUCUCUCCUCUGCCUCUCUUCCUCGUUGCAGCCCUCCCUGGAGCUGGGACUGUAAGAUCUGUUAUUGGUCCCUUUGUGGAGAUUGUUAAGUCAUUGAACCUCCCUGAUUGGCUUGUUCAUUGGGGUCAUCCUGGGAACAUGGCGGUGGUUCUUUUUGCUAUGGGUGGAUAUGGAACAUACCUAGGCUUCCGGAUUCGUUAUUCAGAUGACAUUGAGGAGAAGGCAAAGGCGAAAGAUCUGCACCCGAAGCUACUAGCAGGAAUGUUUUUCUUUUUUGCCCUUGGAGCCACUGGUGGUAUCACAUCCCUCCUUACCUCAGACAAACCCAUCUUCGAAAGUCCGCACGCUGUUACAGGAUUCAUAGGUCUUGCUCUCUUGACGAUUCAAACAGUCUUACCAACUUUGUUCAAGGAGAAGCCUGAGCUGAGGGGAGUGCACGGGAUCCUGGGGAGUGGGAUAAUGGCGCUUUUCCUAGUCCAUGCUGCUUUCGGACUUCAGCUUGGUCUCAGUUACUGAUAUCCUCCUCCUCCUCCUCUCAUUUGUUUUUUUUAUAUUCUUCUCCAGCUGCAUGUAACGACUUGAGGAGAUUUUAUAUAUAGAGGUCAAAAAGUUUGUAAAAUAAUUUGAACAUUGUUUGACUUUGUUUAUAAUUUGUUUAUGUUUUAUAUAAACUUAAGCUCUUUUUUUUCUGUCAACAUAUAAACUUAUAUACGUCUCAGUAUUUUGGGUU